AUGGACUUCUCCCAGAAUCUGACCGUGCCGUCGGUCUCGUCGACCCCAUGUCAAUGGUACUUCUGCUCACUCAUGGCCGUUUACGUUUUCGGCAUCUUCUACGAAAAUGAGCAGUUCCAGACAAACUACGUGUACGAUGAGACUGUGAGCGGCAAGGGCAGCGACCAGAUCAACGCAAUGCUGCAUCAUUUCAUCAAGACAGUUGUCGUCCCGAUUGGUAAGAAGAAACUGGUCGUGUAUGCGGACAACUGCGGAGGCCAGAACAAAAACAAUCUGGUAAUCAAAUUUUUGCUGGCCCAAGUGCACAUGGGCGUGCUCGAACGUGUCGACUACAAGUUUUUCGUCAAAGGGCACACGAAGAAUUCGUGUGACAGGGGCUUUGGGCACAUCCGCAAGUUCCUUGUCCGCCAGGAUUGCUGGACGCUAGACCACGUGGUAGAUGCAGUGAUGAAUUCCGCCCCUUCGAACCGAACCGUCCACAUUUCCCGUGAUGACGCGUUCUUUAAGGGUUACAAGGGCCUCGUGAAGGAGCUCAACAAAAACCUUACCGGUGUGCAGCAGUACCAAUGGUUUGCAAUGGACGCCUCAAAGCCCGGGGUUGUCGAGUGCAGGAAGAGCCCGAAUACCGAUGCAGAAGAACAGAACAUACGCCGAAAUGUUGACGGCGUUCUCACGGAAAGCGACAAGGUAACCCGCAUGUUCGAGCAUUUCCUUGAGCUGCUACCGGCUCCUGCGGUCAACAUGGAGAAGAAGUAA